AUGCCUUUUGGACACAGAGCCCACCACCAGACCACCACCACCACGCGCCCCGGGCUCUUCUCCCGCCGGCCGCGCCAGGUCCAUCACCAGAAGCGGAAGCCCACCGUGAGGGACAAGGUCAGCGGUGCGCUUAUGAAGCUCAGGGCUAGCCUGACGAGGAGGCCUGGUCUCAAGGCUGCUGGCACUCGGCGCAUGCGCGGGACAGAUGGCCGCGGCGGCCACAAGCACGGCCACGCCUUCUGA